CGCCGGGCGGGUCACUGGGGAGGUUCCCGGGGGAAGCCCCUCCCUGGGCCGGGGCGGGACUCUCCGGUCGGCGGGAGAAGCGGAGUCCCCGCCCCGGCUCCCGCUCGCCAUGGCGGCCCAGCUGCUGCUGAUGGUCCCGGCCCUGGGCAGCUUCCUCUUCACCUUCGGCACCGGCGUGGAGCUGAUCCGCUUCGCCUCGCUGCGCGCCGUGCUGCCCGGCGGGGGGCGACCGGAGGCCACCCCCAGCGUGGAGUGGGGGGCCGCCCUGCGGGACCCCCGGGUGCUGCGGCCCCUGGCCGUGGACCUGGGCCUGGUGGCGCUCUUUGUGCUGCAGCACAGCCUCAUGGCCACCGCGCCGGUCAAGCGCUGGACCACCAGCUGCUUUGGGGUGCUGCAGAGAUCCUUCUACGUCUUCUGCACCGCCCUGGCCCUCCAGCUGCUGAUACGGUACUGGCAACCCGUCCGGCACGGCCCCCUGCUCUGGAACGCCUGCACAGAGCCCUGGGACACCUGGGUCCCGCUCAUCUGCUUCAUCCUGCACUUCGUCGCCUGGCUGGUUAUCUUCAGCGUCAUCCUCAUCUUCGACUAUGCUGAGCUUAUGGGAGUCAAACAGGUUUAUUACCACUGUCUGGGCAUGGGGGACCCGCUGGCGCUGAAGUCCGUGCGGGCUGUGCGGCUCUAUUCUCACCUUCGCCACCCCGUCUACCUGGAGUUCCUGCUGGUGCUGUGGGCCGUGCCCUGCCUGUCUCUGGAUCGCCUCCUGCUGGCUGGCCUGUUCACCACCUACCUGAGCUGCGGGCACAGCCUGGACCAGCAGGACUACCUCUACCUGCGUGCCCAGCUCGACAAGAAGUUCCUGGUCUUCUCCCGCGAGGAGGCGGCCUACGGGGACCUGCUUGCCCGCAAUGGCCCCGCGCCUGGCAAGGAGAGCUGAGGGGCCGGGGUCUCUGCCAUGCACUGAUGCCCUUAGGUCAAAAACCCUGCACUAGUUACUGUAGGAUUAUCACUUCUGAGUGCCUAGCAUCUGCAGCAGCUUGCAAAACCAACCCUGUCCCUGCUCUAACCACUAGGCUCCACGCCCUCCCAGACAGGGGCAGUAGAGCCCAGGAGUCCUGGCUCCCAGCUCCCCCUGCUCUAGCCAUUAGAUCCCAGUCUCCUCUCCUGGGGUUUUAAGUUCUAUUCCCAGCUCUGGGAAGGGGGUGGGGUCUCGUGGUUAGAGCAGGGUGGGAGUGAGAGUCAGGACUCCUGGGUUCUAUCCCCAGCUCUGGG